GUGGCGGGUGUCCAACAUGGCGGCGCUGUGUGAGGCGUUCACGCUCUGCGGCCUGGUGGCCGGGCCCGGGCAGGGAGUCCUGGGGCUGGAGCCCGCGCCGGGGGCCGACCAGGUGCUGCUCACGGACCGCGGCAGGACGGCCACGCUCUACAAGGUUUCAGAUCAAAAAGCACUUGGUUGCUGGUCAGUCAAACAAGGUCAAAUGAUCACAUGUCCAGUUGUCUGUAACUUUGAAACUGGGGAAUUUGUUGCUGUUCAAGACGAUAAGGUUUUACGAAUAUGGAAGGAUGAAGAUGUUAACUUGGAUAAAGCAUUUAAAGCAACACUGUCAGCUGAUGUAUAUAGAAUACAUUCACUUCCCCAUGUGGAGCCAUUGGUGCUGUUCAGAGGUGGCGCUGUUCGAACCUUAGAUGCGCUUUUAGCAGCACCGCAACAGGGAAUUGAAAACAUUAUUUCGGAUGAAGUCAUUAGGUGGAGUGAAGCAUUUGUGGACGCUCAACAGCCUGUCUUAAUUUUUACUACUGAGAAAGAUAGGGAUUAUUUUGUAUAUGUGCAGAAGUUUAACCCAAAUACCCUACACAAGUAUAAGAUUGAACAAGAAGAAUCGUUCUGUCCGUUGAGUUUUACAGCAUGCCUAAAAAACAAUCUUGUCACUCUUCUUUGUUUGUAUUCCAAUGGGUGUGUGUAUAAAGUUUUGAUGUCUCUGCAACAAAAUGUCCCAGAGAGAGAGCAAGUUCUGUCCAAGUCUCUCCUACUCAAACUUGUAGUAUCAGGCAGUGUUCUAAAAGGAACUUCAUUUACUAUUCUUGAUAAAGAUCAUGUUGCAGUCCUAGGAUGUUUGGAUUCACCGCCUAAUGUUGCUAAAGAAUGGUUAACUAUAUGGAAUACAAAGUUUCAGACAUUGCAGACUUCAAAAGAACUGCCAGAGGGGACCACUGGACAACUGUGGUGUUACGGGGAGAAAUUUUUUUUAACACAUGGAAAGGUGCUAUCUGUAGUAGUAUACAAGUGUGAAACUUCGUCACUGGCAGCUGCUGUUGGAAAGCUCAAGGAUAUUCAAACCACAGAUAGGAGAACCACGUCUUCAUUUGUAAAUUGGAACAUGCUCCAAGAAGAAGAGCUGGCUUCUCUACAACCACAGCAGUCUGUACCUGCUAAAACUGAAACCAGGAGGACUUUAAGAUCAAGGAGGAGUGCUGCUACUAAAGUUCAGUUAGGCACCCUAACAGCUGAACAGCUUUUAUUGGAUAUAAAGGACUCUUCCGAAAAUGUUAUUGAAGAGGAAUUGAGGCACUUCUUGACAAAUGCACAAAUGGCAGAUUUCCAGGCUAUGAUUGGGCGCAUAAUGACAAAUCUUCUGAAUAGAUGUAAAACCGAGCCUACGUUUUACCCUCAGAAUUGCCUGGUACAGCUGAUCCAGACACAAGGGCUCUCGUACAGCUUAUGUCCAGACUUGAUGGCAGUAGCUUUGGAGAAAACAGAUGUGCAUUUAUUGCAACUUUGUCUGCAGCAAUUCCCUGACAUUCCCGAAUCAGUUACUUGUGCCUGUUUGAAGGCAUUUUUAAGCAUUAGUGAUGACAGCCUUGAAGGAACAAAUGUGAAUUUAGAUUCUGUAAUCUGUUACAUCGAUAUUGCUGACAAUGAUAAAGUGGAAAAACAAACAGGAACUGUGCAGAAUGGUUUCAGUUCUGAAAUGCUGGAAGAUGACAUCUCUGAUAUUCAGUUAACACAGAAACCCCAUAUGAUAGAUUCCAAUGAUUCAUGCCCUGUUGGACCACAAAAGGCAGCACUCCUAAAUGCCAUUCUUCGUUCAGCAUACAGCGAAACAUUUCUGUUGCCUCAUCUGAAAGAUCUUUCAGCUCAGCAAGUUAUGCUCUUUCUCCGGUAUCUGCGGUACUUGUAUGAGAAAUGUAGUGAAAAAGUUAGUAUGGAUCUUCCUGGUGUUCUUUGUCCAACCAUAAACCAGAUAAUGGACUGGAUGUGCCUAUUACUAGAUGCCCAUUUUACAGUUGUGGUGAUGCUACCAGAGGCAAAAGGAUUGCUUUCUAACCUCCAUAAGUUUGUUAGGGCCCAAGUACGAUUUUACUCCGAACUCAACAAGAUUGAAGCAAGCUUGCAAGAGCUACAAAGAAUAAAGCACCAAAAAGACAUUGACUUGUAUUCUAUAGAAGUGCUAGAACUUGUUUGAACUUUAUACACAUUACUCAUAAACUUAUAUUUUAUGAAUCUCCCUGUUCUUAUAAGGAUUUAUUUUCUCCAUAUUGGGGAGGGAUGAGAGAAGCUGAGCCUUUCUGUGAAUGGUGCUCUAGCUACACGUGGUGAUGGAUGCAAGUUUGAAGCCUGUGUUUUAAAGAAAUCAUCUUUCCACUAGAAAUUAUGUUGGAGAGUUACUAACCUAAGCCACAACAACCAUAUGAGGAAAAUAUGUUCACAGUAAUAUUCACAAAUGUGGUUUUUAGCAAACAUAUGUUGGUAAAAUUACUUCAUAAAUAUGGUCUUGGUGGACAGUUCAAUAUAUGAGAAAUGACAAUAUUAAACCAUACAAGAAUUCAUCAGCUAUAUUUAUAAAGUGGGAAAUGUUUAGAUUAGUGUAUAAACUUUUUUUAACACCUUAUGCUUGGUUUCCCAAUCUGGAUCUUGCUGGCAAUCUGACUGUACAGGUUGCAAAACAUGAUACAUAUGGAGUAAAGAACCGAUUUCUCAUCACUCUUAGAUUCUGUUCUUUUUUCCAAAAGACAAAAAUGAGGUUCUUAAGUGUCAUCAGGUUCUUAGCAAUCAGGACUCGUGGUAGAGGUGAUAGACCAACUAGACCACUCUAGACCAACUAGAUUUUUGCAAAAAAAAUUCUUUAAUUGCAAGCUUUCAGGCACAAACACCCUUCAUUAGGCACAGGAGAAAAGAUUGUAAAAGUUAUCCGGGUAGAAAUCGGGUUCUUUCUCUUUUAUGAGGUUGGAUCCUGAAAAGAGUGCUUUUCUUUCGCGAUAGAUGAGAAUAGUGCGGUCAUGCCGAACAAAGACUUUAUUAUGCUGCUUUCUUCAUUUUUUAAAAUACAUUUUAGUGUCUGAUUUUUUUUUUUUAGGACGUUUUCAUAGCUCCACCAUUUUCUCCAGAUAAAAUAGGGAGGAAUCUUAUUCCCUUGUCCUAGAGCAAAUCUUAAAAUUACUGAGAUGACUAACUCUCCUACUACCAGCAGAGGCAAGGAUUACACUAAGUUCAGGGUCAUCUUGGUUCUCUGUACAUGUAAUAAGAGCUAAAGCCUUUGAUCAGAUAUUUUAUCAACUCUUCUUUCCCACUCAGCUGGGAAUUGUGGACAUAUCAAGCUUAUUGCAAUCUGCAUUGUUCCCCCCUCCCCCCUUCCUAUUUUUUUUUUUUAAUUGUGCUUUCUUUGCUUUGGAGCCUGCAAACCUACCUCUGAGAAGGCAGUAUGAGGCAGGAUGGUCCAAAGGAGAAUAAGCCAUUGAACUGUUGACUCAUUGACCUAGGUGCUGUUUUCUUAUCUGCCCUGACAUAAGUUUUGAUUCCUUUCUUGUGCUACGUCAAGUGCAUGUAUAGCAAGAGGGCAUAUUCAAGAAAAUCUUAGGAGAAGCCAGUUGAGAGUCCAGGGAGAAAGGUAGAUGGAAACUGCUCUUAAAACUUGGCCAUUUAGGAGGUAUGCCAUAAGUAGCCUUGGAGAGAGGCUUCAGCUGUUUGACUGAUAACCAAAUGUGAGAGAGUUUCUUUUACCAAGGGGUUCCUUAGUACCUGUAGGGUUAGACUUGCAACCAAAUGAACAAUGAUGCAUAUCUUACUCUAAACAGGUCUCCACCCUCUUAGCUAAAGCUAGAACCUAGACAGUCUUCUGACUUGGGGAUCUUAAGUAUUUACUUAGAUCUUAAGAAAAGAAUAACCACUUAACCACAGCCCAAUAGUCUACAGUCUAGCAUACAUAUAUUUGUCACUGAAAUGUCAAAGGGCUAGAUUAUAAACAUGCUGGACUUUGCUGGUACAGUUUUGAAUCCUUUUUAGAAUUAACCAUGUGUGAUUGUGCUCUCUCUCUGAUGAUCAUGAGAAUAUUUUCAUAAAACGCUCUAUAGUAUGAUAUAACUUAAUGAAUCUUUUUGUGGUACUGAAUAUGAUUUAUUCUCAAAGGGUCAGCAUAAUUGCACAUGACCAGCCUUCCUUGUUCCUGGAAAAUCAUACAAAGAAAAUUUAUCUCUGUUUUUACAUCAAUGCUUUGGGUUUUGUAUAGUUAGAGUGGCAUUUGGUAUAUAUGGGACACUUUCUACACUAUACCCUUGCUUUAAAUUUUAACUCUGAUGGUUCACUGUCUAAAAUAAAGAAUGUCUGGUCACCCUUUCUGUUAAGGAUAAAUUUAUAAAUGGUCAAUACAUGAUAAAGUGCUAUUUUAUAUAUAAAUACACACACUUAAGUGGAAGGUGUUCAGAUUUUCAUACAAACUUCUAUUGAAUUUUAACAGUUGCUGAAGAAAACACUUCUAGAUUAAGACUUUUAGUAUAACAAGACUAAAAAUCUUCACUUUAGCAAAAGCUGACAUGAGCUAAUUGAAAAUGGAACAAGGAAAUUCCUCUGUUCUCUCUUGAAGUCCAGUGCAAACCUGUAGUGAAGCUGGAUGGGAAAAGUCUUAUUAUUUCAGACAUCAUUCUAUUCCACAUUGCGACUGGACACACGUUAGGACAGAGCUUUGAAACUGCAAAAAAACAAAUUUGCUUUCUUCACUAGCCAAUAGGGCAAGCAUUUCUCUUCCAUCUCCUAGGAGGAUGUCCUGGGAUCAAGGCCUGUUCUUGAUUCAGAGUAGGAAUUUGAACCUCUGUUUCCUACAGGGUUAGGGCACUCACCUGCUACUUGGCUAGUUUAGGGCUGAAAAGCCAAACCAUAAUGCAUUACCUUGAAACUCCAGAGUUGGAAUCUUUCAGAAAAUAGUGCAACGGUUAACUCCUUCCUUUUCAAAAAGAAAUGUGGUCAAUAUUUCCAUAAUUUUAAAAAAUGUACCUUAAUCUCCUAUGAGAGGUGUCCACCUUUGUAAAGUAAUGCUAUUGCUGAAAUAGAUUGUGUAAUUAAAAAUGCUUGUAAUAAUGGAAAAAAUAUCCUUUCAGUCUAGAUCAAAAUUGGAUGGUAAUUCUAUUAAGAAUUGGUCCCGAGAGAAAAGUGUAAAUUUGUAUAGUUUUAUUUGUAGAUAUGUUUAUUCCUAUUUAAACUGUUCUUAUAUUGGACCUUUUUUAACAGCAAAUUUUAAGUUGUCUGUCCUUGUUAGGGGCUUAAAGUAUCCCUUGACUAUGUCCAUGCUCUGCUGAAAUGUCUGAUCUCUUUCACUUUUUUUUAAUGCACUGUGAGCAGCGUUCCAUUGUUAGAGUGGCUUUAAGCAAUAAAUCUUAUCAAGCAGUA